AUGUUGCAGCAAGCAGUUGGAACUCUCCAGCCUCUUAGCAGUUGUGAAAUUCAUUGCCGAAUUGGGAACAACUCAGUGAGGUUUCCUCCCAAAGAUCUCAAGGCAAAGAGAGGGUCUAAUUGUUUUGGAGAGAAGGGAUUCUGUGUAAUUCUAGCCUCUGCUCUAUCUCCCUCUAAUGAAGAAUCUCUCAAGAAAUCAAAUGAGGCAGCUUUGAUACUGAUUCGCCAUGGGGAGUCUUUAUGGAAAGAGAAGAACCUGUUUACGGGUUGCCUUGAUGUACCUUUAACCCACAAGGGAGUGGGGGAGGCAAUCGAAGCCGGCAAGAGAAUCAGAAACAUACCUGUUGACAUGAUAUUUACGUCGGUCUUAAUUCGUGCACAGAUGACUGCUAUGCUAGCCAUGACACAGCACCGUGGCAAGAAGGUGCCUAUUUUCACGCAUGAUGAGAAUGAGCAAGCAAGGCUACGGAGUCAAAUACACAGUGAAGACGCCAUAAAACAAUCAAUUCCAGUUAUAACAGCUUGGCAACUGAAUGGGAGAAUGUAUGGAGAAUUACAAGGUCUCAAUAAACAGGAAACUGCAUAUAGAUUUGGGAAGGAAAAAGUUCACGACUGGCGUAGAAGUUACGAUAUACCUCCACCAAAUGGCGAGAGUUUGGAGAUGUGUGCUCGGAGAGCUGUUGCAUAUUUCAAAGAUGAGAUUAAACCCCAACUUUUAUCUGGAAAGAAUGUCAUGAUUGCUGCGCAUGGGAACUCAUUAAGGUCUAUUAUUAUGUAUCUUGACAAAUUAACCACACAGGAGGUUAUCAGUUUAGAACUAUCGACGGGGAUACCCAUGCUUUACAUUUUUAAAGAGGGGAAGUUUAUUCGAAGGGGAAGUCCCAUAGCAUCAACAGAGGCUGGAGUUUAUGCUUAUACUACGAGGUUGGCUCAGUACAGGCAGAAACUAGAUCAGAUGCUCCAUUGACAUUUCUGUUUCCAAGUAUAGGUAGCAUCAAAUUCUGGCUUUUGUUUUUUUUCUGUAUAUUAGCACCCCCUUGCCAACU